AUGGUAAUUUCCAGGAUAAUACCGAGAUGUACUGUGCCCCUCGGGAGAUUCUCGAGCCUUUUGAUUAUCUCUAAGUCCAUAUCUACAUAUCCAAACAGAAGUCAGAUGGACCAGCCCCUUUAUAUUUCCCCCGUGGACGCGGAGCCAGUUCAUCGCUACCAACAAGGUGGCUACCAUCCAGUCACUUUAGGAGAAUACCUGAAAUCUGGAAGGUAUAAGGUGCUCCAUAAACUAGGAUGGGGAGGUUACUCGACAGUUUGGGCGGCGAGAGAUCAAAGGUUGUACAAAUUUGGGGAAGGUGCUUACGUUGCUGUCAAAAUUUCUAUUGCAGAAAUGGACUAUGAUGGGGAGACGCGAGAGUUCCAAACCCUAAAGAAGUUGGCAUCUCAUCACCCCCCUCUGAAGCAUACGGUACACAUGCUUGAUAACUUUGAUUUGAAUGGCCCAAAUGGAUCUCAUAAUUGUCUGGUAUAUGAGCUUUUGGGUCCUAACAUUCCGGACACAAUCGAUACACACUUUCCUUAUGGGAGACUCCCUGGGAAGCUCGCCAAAAUCAUUGCGAAGCAAAGUCUUCUCGGUCUUGAUGGGUUGCACCAACUGAAUAUUGCCCAUGGAGAUCUGCAUACGCGCAAUUUGGCCUUCACUAUACCUUGUAUAGACAAUGUAACUGAAGGGCAGUUUACUGAGAUGCUAGGGAAACCAGAUAUUGGCUAUGUCCGAAGGACCGACGGGAAAGACCUUGAGCCUGGCAUUCCCGAGUAUAUCGUUAGGCCUAGCUCAUAUCGGACGCAUUCUUGGAGUUUAGCCCUGUCGAUCAAAAUUAUCGACUUCGGGGAAUCAUUUGUACACAACACGAUCCCUCAAACACUACAUACCCCUCUGCCUGUUCGGGCACCUGAAGUUAUAUUUCAAGAUCGCAUUGAUUAUCGAGUUGACCUAUGGAGCAUGGGGUGCAUGGUACGACAGCUCUUUGAACUUUUCGUUGGCCAGCCACCUUUCGACAAUUUCUUGAUAACGCCCACAAUCCUGGUUGGCCAGAUGCAAGAGAUGGCAUGCGAUGAUCUGCCUGAAAGAUGGCAUGCGAUAUGGGAGACGAUGAAAGGAGAUGGUGAUGAACCCCCUGACAGCACCGCGCCCAAUUUGCAGGAAUGGCUGGAAGAAUUGUACUUCGAUAGCCCGCAGACUCCGGAUCUCACCAGAGAAGAGAUAGCGAGGCUGGGGCAAAUCAUUGGAAGCUUAUUGAUGUUUGAGCCGUCAGCAAGAGCGUCAGCAAAACAAGUUUUGGACGAUCCUUGGUUUGAUGAGUAA